CCUCUUCCAAUAAAUGAGGAAAGUUUGAUUUCAUAGGCUGUCACUGUUGAUUUUGUCUAACCUUUGGACUCAUUGGUUCAUCCCAAUAUAUUUACCCUGAUAUAUAAGACUUCCAGGACAUUGGAGAAAUUCAUCUAUUCUUUUACGUGAGGGGACAGGAACUGAAAACAACCAUGGAGUGGAAAUUACUUCCCGUUGUCUUGCUGCUGCUACUUUCUGUUUGUUUGGUUCAGCAAGUUUCGUCUCAAGAUCUAACAAGCUGUGCAGGGAGAUGUGGGGAAGGGUAUUCUAGAGAUGCCAUCUGCAACUGUGACUAUAAUUGUCAACACUACAUGGAGUGCUGCUCUGAUUUCAAGAAAGUCUGCACCACAGAGCUUUCCUGUAAAGGCCGCUGCUUCGAGUCCUUCUCCCGAGGGAGGGAAUGUGACUGUGACGCCCAGUGUGAGAAGUAUGGCAAGUGCUGUCCGGACUAUGACACUUUCUGUGCAGCAGUGCAUAAUCCCACAUCACCACCUUCAAAGACUGCACCUCCGCCUCCAAGAGCAUCUCAAACCAUCAAAUCAACCACCAAACGUUCACCCAAAUCACCAAAAAAGAAGAAGACUAAGAAAGUUAUAGAAUCAGAGGAAAUAACAGAAGAACGUUCUGUUUCUGAAAACCAAGAGUCUUCCUCCUCCUCUUCUUCUUCUUCUUCAACUAUUCGGAAAAUCAAGUCUUCCAAAAACUCAGCUGCUAAUAAAGAAUUACAGAAGAAACCCAAAGUAAAAGAUAAUAAGAAAAGAACUCCAAAAAAGGAACCUGCCCCAGAGCCAUCAAUUGAUGAAGCUGGAAGUGGACAGGACAGUGGUGAUUCUAAGCUCACUCCAGCUCCUGACAUUGCUACCACACAACCCAAUAAAGUAACUACAUCUCCCAAGAGUACAACAGUAAAACCAACAACUCCUAAACCCAGUCUCCCAUCUAAUCUUGACACAUCCAAGGAAACACCUCCACCAGCCAAUAAAGACAUAACAGUGGAAACUAAAGAGUCUACUAAAACAAAUAGUGCAAAAGAAAAGACUUCAGCCAAAGAGACACGGAGUUCAGAGAAAACAUCUGCCAAAGAUUCUGUACCCACACCUGAAGUUCCUGCUAAACCUACACCCAAAGCUGAAACUACAACCAAAGCUUCUGCUGUGACCACUCCCCAAAAGCCUACCCCUGCAACACCCAAGGAAACAACUACCACCUCCAAGGAAGCUGCACCCAAUACCAAGAAGCCAGUAUCCACUACCACCAAGGAACCAGCUACUACCACCCCCAAGCAGCCUACACCUACCACUCCCAAAGAACCAGCUCCAACUACUCCUAAGCAGCCUACACCUACCACUCCCAAAGAACCAGCUCCAACUACUCCUAAGCAGCCUACACCUACCACUCCCAAGGAACCAGCUCCAACCACCCCCAAGCAGCCUACACCUACCACUCCCAAAGAACCAGCUCCAACUACUCCUAAGCAGCCUAUACCUACCAUUCCCAAGGAACCAGCUCCAACCACCCCCAAGCAGCCUACACCUACCAUUCCCAAGGAACCAGCUCCAACUACUCCUAAGCAGCCUACACCUACCACUCCCAAGGAACCAGCUCCAACCACCCCUAAGCAGCCUAUACCUACUCCCAAGGAACCAGCUCCUAUCACCUCUAAGGAGCCUUUAAUCACCACCACCAAGGAACCAGUUCCCACCACCCCUAAGAAGCCUUCACCCACCGCUACCAAGGAAACAGUUCCCACCACUCCUAAAGAGCCUGUACCCACUACCACCAAGAAACCAGCUCCCACUAUUCCCAAGGAGGCUGUCCCCACUACCCCCAAGGAAAACACUCCUACCUCCCCCAAGGAACCAUCUCUCAAUAUUCCCAAGGAACUUGUAACCGUCACCAAGGAGCCCAUACCCACCACCACAAAGGAACCAGCUCCUAUGGCCCCAAAGGAAGCUGCAUCUACCACUCCCAAAAUACCAGCUCCUACCAGCCCUAAGGAGCCUGUACCUACUGCCACCAAAAAACCUACAUCCACAACAACCAAGGAACCAGUUCCCACCACUCCCAAGGAGUCUGCACCCUCUACUCUCAAAGAGCCAUCUCCCACCACAUCAAAGGAACCAGUCCCCACUACCCCUGAGGAGCCUGCACCAACUACUCAUAAGACAUCAGCUCCAACCACCACCAUGAAGCCUCCUACUACCCUGAAGACAUCUGUUGAAGCAACUCCUGAUUUUUCUUUAGAACCCACACCAAAAGCUCUUGACAGAAGUCCCAAGGAGCCUGCCUUACCAAUGGCCAAGACUACUGCAGUGGCCAAACCUGAAAUGACGACAGUAGCUAAAGAUAAGACAAUAGAAAAAGAAAUACAUCCUACACCCGAAAUUACAACUGAUACUCUUACGAGUACAAUAAAAGGGACAGGAACUAUAGCAGAAGAAAAGACUGAAUCCAAACCAACAGGUACUACUAUGCAAGUAACAUCUAUAACUCAAGAUUCAACAUCAUUCAAAACUACUACUUUGAAAUCAACAACUUUUGCACCCAAAGUAACUACAACUGAAGAGACUAUAAAUAAACCUGAAGAAACAAACACUGGACCAAAAGAUAUGCCUACUAACUCUAAAGCAACAACUUCAAAACCCCAGAAGCCAACGAAAGCACCCAAAAAACCUUCCACCAAAAACCCAACGAAAGCACCCAAAAAGCCUGUUUCUACUAAAAAGCCAAGCAUACCUAAAGUGAGAAAACCAAAGACUACGCCAAUUCCCCCAAAGACAACACCAAUCCAUUUAAACCCUACCUCUUUGGCAAAAUUCACAAUCCAAACUACCACUAGUCCUAAUCAGACUCCAAAUUCAGAAAUAGUUGAAGGAAAUCCAGAGAACGAAGAUGCAGUUGGUACUGAAGGAGAAAAACCUCAUAUGAUUCCUAGGCCUCCUGUAUUAACUCCUAUCAUUAUUCCAGGAAUUGAUCACUUUGUGAGACUACCCAAUCGAGAGAUUGGCAUCAACUCCAUGCUUUCAGAUGAGACCAAUUUAUGCAACGGUAAGCCAGUAGAUGGACUGACCACUUUGUACAAUGGGACACUGGUUGCAUUUCGAGGUCAUUAUUUCUGGACGCUAAAUCCAUUCAGCCCACCAUCUCCAGCUAGAAGAAUUACUGAAGUCUGGGGUAUUCCUUCUCCCAUUGACACUGUUUUUACUAGAUGCAACUGUGAAGGAAAAACUUUUUUCUUUAAGGAUUCACAGUACUGGCGUUUCACCAAUGACAUAAAAGAUCCAGGGUAUCCUAAAUUAAUUGUUAAAGGAUUUGGAGGAUUAUCGGGAAAUAUAGUAGCAGCUCUUCCAAUAGCUAAACACAAGAACAGACCUGAAUCUGUAUAUUUUUUCAAGAGAGGUGGCAACAUUCAGCAGUAUAUUUAUAAACAGGAGCCCAACAAAAAGUGCACUGGAAGAAGACCUGCUGUACAUUAUUCAGUGUAUGGAGAUGUAGCACAAGUUAGGAGACGUCGUUUUGAACGGGCAGUAGAACCUUUUCAAACACACACCAUCAGAAUUCACUAUUCCCCUGUCAGAGUCGCUUAUCAAGACAAAGGUUUUCUCCAUAAUGAAAUUAAAAUGAGUACAAUGUGGAGAGGAUUUCCAAGUGUGGUUACCUCAGCUGUAACACUGCCCAACAUUAGAAAGCCUGAUGGCUAUGAUUACUACGCCUUUUCUAAUGAUCAAUACUAUAACAUCGAUGUGCCUAGCAGAACAGCAAGAGCAAUUACUACUCGUUCUGGACAGACUCUCUCUAAAGUCUGGUACAACUGUCCUUAGACUGAUGAACAAAGAAGAGUCAACUAAUUAAAACAAAGAAAAGAUGAUAAAUUUUGACAAUGAAAUACAUUUUAUUAAUAAAGAAUGUUGAAAUGAACAUACCAAUUUAAAUACAAAAAUGUUUAACUUGAUAAUUAUUACACUAAAACAGACCUGACAAUCUUAUUCACAACUAUUAUAGUUAAUGGGCCAUUUAGUUAAUAUUUCCUCUAUUUAUCCCUCCUCUUCCUCCCACUGCAUGGCUUAUACCUGUAAAAGACCAAAAGGAAGAAUGAUUUACAAUAUGAAAUAUCUGAACAUAAUGGAUAUAAAACUGUUACUUUUUCUAUACGUUCAAUGGAAAUCAUUACAAAGACUGUACUAAUAUUUUUAUAGUAUGAAUAUAAGUGACAUUAGAAAACCUGGAUGCAUUAAAAUUUUACAUUUUUAACUAGUAUAACAAAGUCACAAAGCUUUAUUCUGUUACAUAAAAAGCAUUUAACAAUAAAUGACAAUGAACAUAUAGCACUACAA